CACAGAGCAGGAGGGAGGACGAGGAGCCGCGCAGUGCACCAAGUGCCGCGAACCCAAACACGGAGCAAACCUCCUGAUGGAUGUGUGAGCGUCGCGCACGGCCGCGCACACCGGGACCUGCUCCUGCUUUCAGUGCGUUCGAUUCCCUACGCGUACGCAGACAUGCACCGGAGGAACUGCGAGGCGCUUCUGGCGACACUUAUCGUCCUGUUGGCCCAACAAGUCGGAGGUUACACUUACCGGAACCAGCGCAAGUUCAGCGAGGACAUGGACUGGUCGUACGCAGGGACGUUUAUGUGCCCCCUCCAGGAACGUUAAACCAGGACAACUGGGCCAAGAAGUUCCCGUCAUGCAGCAGCGCCAAGCAGUCACCCAUCAACGUGGAGGAGAACCUAGCCCAGGUGAAGCUGCAGUACCAGAAGCUGAGGUUUGAAGGCUGGGAGGACUUGACGGGGGACCGGACCACCAUCAAGAAUGACGGCAAGACCGUGGCCGUGCAAGUGGAUGGAGACUUCUACGUCAGCGGAGGGGGCCUCAGGUCAAAGUUCAAGGUCGGGCGCAUCACCUUUCACUGGGGGCGCUGUAAUGCCUCCUCCGACGGCUCUGAGCACAGCUUGGAUGGCGUCAAAUACCCCCUAGAGAUGCAGAUCUACUGUUACGAACCGCAUCGCUUUGACUCUUUGGAGCAAAGCAUGAAAGCUGGAGGCAGAAUCGCAGCCCUGGCCGUGCUCUUUGAGGUGACCUUGGAGGACAACGUCAAUUUUGCUGCCAUCAUGGACGCCAUUAACAGCGUGAGCAGAUAUGGCAAGACCGCCCAGGUUCUGCCCUUUGCGCCGCUGGGUCUCCUGCCCAACUCCACUGAGAAGUAUUUCAUCUACAACGGCUCCCUGACCACGCCGCCAUGCAGCGAGACCGUCGAGUGGGUCGUCUUCAAGAACACCGUGGCCGUCUCGGCCGACCAGUUGGAGAUAUUCUGCGAGGUGAUGACCAUGCAGCAGGCCGGCUAUGUCAUGUUGAUGGACUACCUGCAGAACAACUACAGAGAGCAGCAGGAGCACUUUCUGGGUCAAGUCUUCUCCUCCUACACCGGCACGGAGGCGGUCCGUACACCAGUGUGCAGCUCAGAGCCAGAGAACGUCCAGACGAUGGUCUACAACCUCAGCAGCCUGCUGGUGACAUGGGAGCGCCCCCGGGCGGUGUAUGACGGCGCCAUCGACAAAUACUGUGUCAGCUACAAGAUAGCCGACGCGGAAGGAGUCGCCCCUUCCGAGUACCUGACCGACGGAGACCAGGAUGUGGGGGCGAUCCUUGAUGACGUGAGCGCCAACUACACCUACGUGGUCCAGGUGGUGGCGGUGUGUGCGAACGGUCUGUACGGACGUGCGAGCGACGUCCUGACGGUCACCGUGCUCGUCGACGACCCCGAAAACAACCUGCUCCCACAUUCCAGUCAAUUUGACGAUGAGGAGAACUUCCACCCAGAUCUCGCCUGGAAUGAAGGCGUCCAAACGGAAGAUUACGAUCAGGCUUGGAUUCUGACAAAGCCACCGAGCGCCUCUGCGUCCGGAUCACCUGACCUCCUUCAGCCUGGCGUCAAAGCGACCACAUUGCAGUCUCUUACCGCAGUCACAUCCUCUACUUCUGCUCCGACAAGUCAGCACAGUACCUCCAUGCUGCCAGCAGAGGCCACCACGUCACCACACAACAGAGGAUCAUCUGACUCCGCCCCUUCCUUUGACAUCACGACCGAGCGGGCGCUCACUUCUACGACAAGCGACAACCUCAGCAGCAUCAGUCCAAAGUCCUCUGAAAGCGAUAACAGGGGCGUGAAUAUGACGACACCCACCAUAAGGAUUUUAGGGGGGGCAGGUGGUCAAGGUGUCGCCUCAAACGGCACCACCACAACCUCACCAAUCAGCAGCUUCGGCGACACCAGCAGCACAGCAUCGGCUGUCGGUAUCGGGACGAAUGAAGGUCUGAUCACGCCUAAAAGGGACGGUUGGACCACCGAAGCAAGCGGACUGGAAAACGUAGCGGAAGUCCAGAUGGAGCCCCCUCGGCCGUCCUCAACCCCGAGCAUGCCGCUUUUCACAUCCACAAAGACUUCCGUGUGGCGGAGCGGCAUUCUCUUGCAGACCACGCCGCCGCUCCCUAAUGGUGAGCGCCUCUCUGUCACCCCCUCCUCCUUCUCGCCCUAUGAUGUCACAGAUCCCGGCCCCGCCCCCUCCGCCCGCCUGCAUGGCCUCCCCAUUUCCUCCUCCUCGCUGUUUCCUACUUCUGCCUCGGACCCCCAGCAUGCCGCUACCGCACCCCUGCCUAGCAAAGACCCAGCUUCUGACCCCGCACCCUCGCUCCCUGCCCCGACCCUGCCUCAUGUCCCUGCCCUGUCUAGUGCCACCUAUGAUGAUUUGGUGUCUUUCUCUUCGGGCCACACCCCUCACACCCAAGUGCCGCCCGAUUCAUCUGAUGGGGGGGAGCUGUUAGGAUGGGGGGUGUCCCUGUCCCUCAGCCCCACCCUACAGCCUUCAGUUCUCCUUGUUAGCGACUUGCCACUUUCAGUCGCCACCCCGGGUCUGACGCAGCCGUUCUCUAACGAGGUGGAGCUCUUCAGGUAUGCGACAGGAAGCACCUUGGACUCUUUCCUCGCAGAGGUCAGUGGUGACGGGCUGUCCUUGGCGAGUGACGUGGACGCCCUGUGCGGCUGCUCGCUGGAGCCGUCGGCGUCCUCGUCCUGGCUGCACGCUUCGCCUCACCUCCCUCUGCCGCCUUCUUCCUGGGAUGCGGAGCUUUACACUAGCGUGGGCCCGCCGCCUGCCUGGGGUGUCGGUGGUGGCGAACUUGUAAGUUCUCUUUCUGGGGCGGGUUCUGCUGGUCGCGCCUCAGACCGUCCUGUGGUCUCUAUUUCCUCAUCUUCGGCCCUGCACUCCCACUUCUUGCAGGCCACUCACAGUGCCCCACCCCUUUCUUUUGCAGCCACAACACCUGAACCGUCGUUCUCACCGUCAGACGGGACCUCUACCCUCCCAUCCUACCCCACAAUCUCUGUCCCUACAACUUCCACCCCUGAAGGGCCGGUGGACACCAGUAGCGGCAUCUCUGGUUCAGCACUCUCCCCUGAUUGGCUGGAUGGCCUGGAUCAGGAGUGGGACAGGGUUCAGUCCUCGGCCUCGGGGGAGAGCACACUUACUCAUUCCACUGAAGCCACUAGCGCCGCCCUCCCAACCACCACCCCAGAAUCUGGACAGACACCAGAGGAUUUGGACGACCAGUCCUCUGCGUUCUAUUUCGAUAGCGAGAGCGGCAGCGCCACCGGAUCAGAGCGAGCAGGCGGCGUUGUGACUCCAAGCGUUCCCACGCUAAGCUCGACUCCGCCCUGGUUGCUGGGCGGAGAUGAGGCGAGCGGCUCGGGUCAGGGCGAGAGCCUUUACGACAACGAGACCUCCUCGGACUUCAGCAUCUCCGAGCGCACCGGACGAGAGUCGGAGAAAGAGGAGGAGCCAGUCGCAGACGUCAGCAACAGCAGCCACGAGUCUCGGGUGGGUUCCAUCAGCGAGGGUGAGAGGAAAGCCGUGGUUCCGCUGGCCGUCAUCUCCACGCUCACCGUCCUCGGCCUUGUGGUCCUCAUCGGUAUCCUGGUCUACUGGAGGAUGUGCUUCCAGACGGCUCACUUCUACGUGCAAGAAGGCUCCUCCCCCCGUGUCGUCGCCACACCUGCUUUGACGUCAGACGAACGCCGGGCGUUUCCUGUCAAUGAUUUUGUCAAACACGUCGCCGAUCUUCACCAAACGUGCAGCUUUCACCGCAAGUUUGAGCUACUGAAGGCGAGCUACGAGGAGGUGCAGGCGUGCACGGUGGACACGGACAUGACCUCGGACAUCUCCAACCAUCCUGACAACAAGACCAAGAACCGCUACAGCAACAUCCUGGCCUUCGACCACAGUCGAGUGCGACUCUCACCGCUGGCCAGCAAGGACGGACGCAGCAGAGACUACAUUAACGCCAACUUUGUGGACGGCUUCAAGACCAAGCGCUCGUACAUCGCCGCCCAGGGUCCGCUCAAGUCGAGCACCGACGACUUCUGGAGGAUGGUUUGGGAACAGAACGUUGGCGUCAUCGUCAUGAUCACCAACCUGGUGGAGAAAGGGCGAAGGAAGUGUGACCAGUACUGGCCCGUGGACGUGCACGAGGACUACGGCGGCGUCCUGGUGACGCUGAAAAGCACUCGCGAGCUGGCCCACUACACUCAGCGCACCUUCAGCGUCACAAACACACAGGUCAAGGUCAAAAAGGGUUCUCAGAGGGUGCGGGGCUGGGAGCGGGUGGUCACACAGUACCACUACACCCAGUGGCCCGACAUGGGCGUGCCCGAGUACGCGCUGCCGCUGCUCACGUUCAUACGCAAGUCGUCCGAGGCCAGGACGGCCAGCAUGGGUCCGGUGGUGGUGCACUGCAGUGCGGGCGUGGGCCGGACGGGCACGUACAUCGUUGUGGACAGCAUGCUGAAGCAGAUAAGGGGCGAGGGCGCGGUGGACGUGGACGGUUUCCUCAAGCACAUCCGCACACAGAGGAACCACCUGGUCCAGACUCAGGUCAGGAGCAGUACGUGUUCAUCCACGACGCCUUGGUGGAGGCCAUCAUCUCUGGGGAGACCGAGGUGGAGGCGUCUCACCUGCACAGGUACGUGGACCAGCUGCUGACCCCGGGGCAGGGUGGGAGGACGCCGCUGGACCAACAGUUUGAGGUAAGCUUCAUCAUCGUACUCCUCACGUUUUUUGGUGUACAUCGAUACACGCACAGUUGCUGAUUUUUGGUCCAAAAUAUGUUUAAUUUGGAUUUUUUUCCCUGAAAAUGUGCAGUUUUUUCACAGCAAACACAUCUCCCUCACCAAAAGUCGCUAAUAAUGUACACAUUGCUGAUAAUUCAGGUAAAACGUACAGCGUACAUGUACAGUACCACUGUUCAUCUUUAUGUUUUUAUUAGGGCUGUCAAAGUUAACGCGUUUGUAACGAGUUAACCGAAAGUGUUUUAAAUGCCACUAUUGUUUUUGACCUGCGCUUAACGUGUUUGGAUGUUGAGCCACAAGCGGGAACAAAUAUUGAGCAGAAAUGGACAAAGAAAAGGGUGUAUUCAAUGGUAAGUUUCGCUUCAGAGUCCUGGCAGGUGGCUCUUGCCACAAGACCAAAGGUAUUUCUAUCUACUGUCGCUCUGAGUUGAGUUGAGUACGUGAGUUGAGUACGUGAGUUGAGUACGUGAGUUGAGUACGUGAGUUGAGUACGUGAGUUGAGUACGUGGAGUCUCAAAUGCCGCCUGGUGGACUCAGAUGGAGAAGCUGAAGAAUGUAGAGAAUGUGCUGGAGCACGGCAGGUAAUUUGUAUUAUUUCUACAGUGGUACCUUGGCAUACGAGUGUCCCAACUAACAAAUGCUUUUUAUUUACUAGCUGUCUCUCAGCUGCGAGCUAAAGUUUGGGUUACGAGCUGCGAGUUACCGGCAGGCAUAGUUGAAGACAGCUAUUUGGGAGGCUCGUGUGACAGAGGCGGAAGUGAGCAGGCACACACACACACAUACAGCGCUCAAUGAGAUGGCAGUAAAGGCUCGCAAGGGAAUAUAUUUGUGUUAUUAUUAUUUAUUAGCGAUUUAUUAUUUGUCAAAGAGGACAGAAUAAAAGUUGCAUAUUGAAGACUCGCGGUGCCAUACCUUGUUACGUUGUUGAGGUCACCAGACCAAGAAAAGUGUGAUAAAGAGUGUGUGGAAGUCAAGUACUGCCUGUACUGCAGUAAACUACUGGCUAUCCUUGUAGCACUAUUUUUUGUAGGUUGUACCGUUGAUAACCCGUGAGUUAGUGAAACUCGAGUCAUCGCGUACCCGUGAGUUUGUGACAGCUAGUUGGCAAAUACUUCUGAGUCAGUGAAACUUGUCGGCGGGUGCCCGUGAUUAGUGAAACUCAAGUCGAGUACCCGUGGGCCAGUGAAACUCAGGUUGUUGAGUACCCGUGAGUCCGUGAAACUUGAGUCAGCGAGUGCCUGUGAGCCAGUGAAACUUACUUGCCUGCUCUACUUUUCCAAUUUGGCUAGCUGGAGCAGGCGUGAGUCAGUGAACAAGUAAAGAAUGUGAAGAAAAGGAUAAAAUCAUUGAGCAGCUGAAAAACACCAUAGAUGACAUGGAUCAGAACACACGAAUGAACGACGUGGUCGUGACGGGACUUUGAAUCAAACCAAGGUCCUAUGCCAGAGCAGUGGCAAAUACUGAAGAACCAGACGAAAGGGAUGUCGCCUCAACAGAGCAACAAGUUGUUGAUUUUUUGCAAUCGAAGAACGUGGAUGUAGACAUCCAAUCUAUUGAUACUUGCAUCCCACUGUAUGGGAGGAACCUACUACACCCGUCAUCAUCGUCAAAUUCACUAAUAGGAAACACAAGGUUGCUCUGCUGAAACAGGGAAAGAAGCUGAAAGGAACAAAUGUCUACAUGAAUGACCACCUGACCAAGCGCAACGCUGAGAUUGCUAAGAAAGCACGUGAUCUGAGGAAGCAAGGAAGGAUCCAAGGAACAUGGAGUGCAAACUGCAAAAUCUUCAUCAAAGCAAAUGGAGGACCAGAGACCAGAGUUCUUGCUGUCAAAGACAUCAAGGACCUAGAAGGAUACUGAGGUCUCCCAACAUGGAGGAAAACAGCUUCAAUAUGCUACAAGAAGAUCUACAACUGGACACUUUUUACUUUACAGAUCACAAACAAUUGAUAUGAAAAAGAUAUUGAUCCAGACUCAAAUGUUUUCUCUCACAUUACAAACGACUGCCGUUAUUAUACGGAGGAGCAAUACAACAACAGCUUCAUCAACGACGACAAGUUAUCCAUCAUCCACAUAAACAGCAGAAGCUUGAACGCAAACUUUACUAAUAUUAAACAAUAUUUGAAUCACUUCAAAGAACCUUUCAAAGUAAUAGCAAUCUCAGAAACUUGGAUCAAUGCUAACAAAGGAAUGGAUAUGAAAUGAUGAGUGCAAACAGGAACAAUGCAAAUGGAGGAGGUGUGGCCGUUUACGUGGACAAACAUCUGACCUACAAAAUGGUAAAGAAUAUGUCAUUUGUCAUUGAUAACAUUUUAGAAUGUAUAACAAUGGAAAUCUUUAAAGAAAAAAGCAAAAAUGUGUUAAUAAGUUGUGUGUACAGAACUCCAAAGUCAAAGAUUGGAAUGUUUGAGGAUUGGAUUAAGACAACGUUUACAGACAUAGGUCAAAAAACUAUUUUCAUAUGUGGAGACUUCAAUAUUGGCCUCUUGAGCUCACACAAGUGCAAGGAAAUAGACGACUUCACAGAUACAAUGUAUAGCUUGAGUUUAUAUCCUAAAAUCAUCAGACCAAGCAGAAUACCAGAGCACUGUGCCACCCUCAUCCAUAAUAUAUUCACCAAUGACUUGGAUAACAACACCAUCAGUGGCCUGCUAAUUAGUGACAUCAGUGAUCAUCUUCCAGUGUUCACUAUUUACAAUGAACAUUAUAAGAAAAGACAGGUGGAGGCAAAAAAGACUUUUCAAAGAUUGCGUACUGAGGACAGCAUCCGGGCCUUCAAGAUAGGACUAGAAGAACAAAGUUGGGAGAGGGUCUACAGUGCAAUAGAUGUGGAUGAAGCAUAUGACAGCUUCCUUGGUACUUAUAUGGAGCUCUACGAUAAGAACUGUCCCUGGCAAGAAAAGCCCAAGAAGCAAAAGAAAAACCAGCAGCCAUGGAUGACAAAAGGACUAAAAAACGCCUGCAAGAAGAAGAAGACAUCAUACAGGACAUUCAUCAUCCAACAAACUACAGAAGCAGAACAAAAGUAUAAGACUUACAAGAAUAAGUUGAGAGUGUGUAAGAGGGAAUAUUAUAGUCAUGUACUAAAUAAGAACAAAAAUAAGAUGAGAGCAACUUGGGGCAUCUUAAAUAGUCUUAUAAAGAACAACGUUAAGAAAGCAGACUACCUUCACUAUUUCAUGGUUGGAAACACCAACAGGAAGGACAUGAAGGAGGUAGCUGAAAUGUUUCAUGAUUAUUUUGUAAAUAUUGGACAAAAACUGGAAGAAGAAAUUCCAAAACAAGACACAAUUGAUGAAGGGAAUGAUAUCAUUGAUAGGAAUCUUAAUUCUAUGUUUCUCACUGUUGUAACCAAAAAGGAGAUCACUGACAUUGUUAAACAUUUUAAGGCAAAAACAUCAACUGAUUGUCAUGGAAUCGAAAUGGAAACAAUUAAAAGGGUCAUCAAUGAGAUCGCAGACCCGUUAGCAUAGA